GACAUAAGCUCUUAAGUCUAGGUAGAUAAUGAGUCCCCCGUUGAUUCUCCACUGUAGGCUUCACAGCUAACAAUUUUACGAUAGUUUCAGUUCCAUGAACCUAAGUAUGAUCUUACAUCCCGCAGGAAAUGUUCUCACUAUGAAAUUCAAUUUCCAUUGUGUAUAGCCGUCUUCUAAGCUGUGCCACUUCUCGUUCCACGUUUUGUAGUCAAAAAGCAUUAUGACAAUCGUUGCACGUUGGCAGUAUUAACAAUACAGACUACAGAGACAUUGCACUUUGUUUUGAGAUUUAUAUUAAAGAUCGUUGGAGGAUACUGAUUUUUAACGGGUUCGUAGUGGUACAGCUAUUUACAUCUAUGGCAGAAAUGUUGGUUGCAAGAUGGCAGCGGCUUUGCAGAUGUUUUUAUUCUUGUUUAAGUCGAAAUAUCGCCGAAAAUGUGUUUUUACGAGUGGCGUGUUUAGUAUGAUUGUAGUGUACUCAAGUGUAUUUAAUUUAGCUUCGAGUACAAACUGUACUGGUGCACAGUGUGUGAACGGGGAAUGUGUGAAUGGCACAGGUUGUGUUUGUUUUGAUGGGUGGCAAGGACCUUCCUGUCAAUUUUGUGGAGGAAAAGUGCGAUUACCAGACUCAUCAGGUCACAUACAUGAUGGUCAUGGAAAUUACUCAAUUGAUGUGAAAUGUAGUUGGCUUGUAGAUGCAGGUGGUAUACCAAAUACCACAAUCCGGUUGCAUCUCGAGGAGUUUGCCACUGAAUGCGGCUGGGAUCACUUGUAUAUAUUUGAUGGCGACAGUGUUGAUGCGCCCUUGCUCGCUGUGUUCAGUGGUCUUAUGUACAAAGAUGGUUAUACCAUCAGAAAAAUUCCUGAAGUGGUAGCAAAGUCUGGUUCAGCUUUAUUGCAUUUUUACAGUGAUGUUGCAUACAACAUGACAGGAUUCAAUAUUUCCUAUAGAUUUAACUCCUGUCCUAGCAGAUCUUCUGCAGUGAAUUGCUCAGGACACGGUAUUUGUAUAGAUGGAGUGUGUACAUGUGAUGCAAGCUAUAUGGGUGAGGCAUGCCACAUAGAAGUUUGUCCAGGAAAUUGCGGGGACAAUGGGGAGUGCAACAUGGAGUCUCACCGUUGUGACUGUCACCGUGGCUUCAAGGGUGAUGACUGCAGUCAGUGGGAAGCAACAGGCUACUGGGAAGUAGUACAACCCAAAGAUUUUGUCCCUGUGGGUUCUGCCUCACAUGGAGCAGUUGUUUGGAGAGAUUCAUUGUACAUAAUAGGUGGUGAAUCAUUUCAUCGUGCUGAAAUGAUAUACGUUUAUGACUUCAAUGGUAAUGUGUGGGAAACACAUCACAUGGACAGCAAGAAUGUUCCACAGCCACGUUACGGCCAUUCUGCUGUUCUUUUUGGGGAUAAAAUUUAUGUAUAUGGUGGUGUUGAAGAAAGUGGAACAAUUUCUGCAGAACUUUGGGCAUUUGAUGUAAAUGCCAAAACAUGGGAAAACAUAACAGUUCGUGCAGAGCACUGUAAUGCUACUGCUCCAAAUGGUUCUAUGCUGUGUGGUCCUCUCAGGUCCGCAGGCCAUACAGCUACCGUAGUGACAGGACGUGGUGGAAAGUCAGAGAGGAUGAUUGUUAUUUUUGGUUACUCUCCUCAUUACGGGUACCUGAACACUGUCCAAGAAUACCAUUUUGGAACACGGGAGUGGAUUAUUGUUCGGACUGUUGGCUAUCCAGUAAAUGGAGGCUAUGGACACAGCAGUGCUCUAGAUCCCCUUACUAAUUACAUAUAUGUGUAUGGUGGUUUUGUGUCUGAAAGUUCAGCUCAAUCAGUUCUGACCAACCGAAUGUACUCGUACAAUCCAAACACCCAUAAAUGGUUACGACUGGCAGAUGCUCCGUCAGCUCGGUUCCUGCACACAGCAACUUUCGUUUCUUCAGGCCUUAUGUUGGUGUUUGGCGGAAAUACUCACAACGAUACAGCUCAUAGUCAUGGCGCUCGUUGUUAUUCUGCUGACCUGCUUGUUUAUGAUGUUCUGUGUAACCAUUGGGAUAUCUCGAAUGCACCUCACCUUCUGCGUGCAGAUCUUGCAAGAUUUGGGCAUUCUGCUGUCACAUUUGAGGGUGCACUCUAUUUGUAUGGUGGUUUUGAUGGACAGAUGCUCUCUGAUAUGAUGAGGUUUGUACCAGGAAAAUGUGAAAGUCUGACCAAUGACACUAUGUGCGAAUCAAUAAGGUUUGGAGUGAAAUGUUUGUGGAUACCCCAUGCAAACAAAUGUGUUUCUCUGUCUGCAGAGAACUUGAUUAAUUUUAAAAAUUACAGUCUGUGCAAGGAAACUACCCAGAGCAGCUGCAGUGACUGUCAGGACUGUACCUCAUGCUCAAAUACUUUUGGGUGUGAAUGGUCUAAUGAGACUAGUUCAUGUUUACUUAGAGAUGCAGAUAGAAAAAUGCAGGUUUUACCAGCAGACCGUUGUCCGAACCGUGAACUUGCCGAAUGUAAUCAGCUGCAUAACUGCCAGGCCUGCACUAGUAACACUCAUUGCCACUGGACUUACGAGGUGCCAUGCAAAGCAGUGGGAAAUGUUUCUGUUGUAGAACCACAGGAGUCUGUGCCAUGUGGAAGUAUCUGUGCCGAACUGACAUCCUGUUACAACUGCACGCAGGAGGAAUGCAUUUGGUGUCAGAAUGAGGGAAGAUGUGUUGAUAAAAAUGCCUACAGUGUGUCUUUUCCAUAUGGCCAAUGUCGUGAGUGGACAACGCAGCAGAGUCGCUGUCGCUCGCCAGUUGCUGGAAAAUCUUCUUGCAGCUUCUUCGCCACAUGUGCAGAUUGCCGAGAAGAUCCAGCUUGUGGAUGGUGUGAUGAUGGUUCAGGUACAGGUCUAGGAGUGUGCCUUCCUGGUGGAAAUCUGAGACCAGCACAAGACUUCCCUUGCGCUCCCAGCCUCUGGUACUUCACACAGUGCCCAACUUGUCAGUGUAAUGGCCAUAGCACCUGUGCAAAUGGAACAAGUCUUUGCAAUCAACCUUGUGCCAACCUUACUCGAGGUCCCCACUGUGAGCAAUGUGUGCAUGGCUAUUAUGGAAAUCCAGUUAAUGGAGGAAAAUGCAGUCCCUGUGAAUGUAAUGAUCAGGGCACUGAAUGCCAUCCAGACACAGGAAAGUGUUUUUGCACAACAAAAGGCAUUGUCGGUGACCACUGUGAGCGAUGUGAUACUCAGAAUCAUUACCUCGGAGAUCCCACAAAUAAAGGCUCUUGUUUCUAUGAGCUCACAAUAGACUACCAGUUCACUUUUAAUUUAUCAAAGAAGGAUGAUCGCCAUUAUACACAGAUUAAUUUUAGAAAUAGUCCACCAAAGUCGGAUGUGGAUGCUGAAUUUAGUAUUACUUGUUCAGUUCUAGCGAAGAUGAACCUCACCAUGAAGACUGCUAACAACGUAGAAAAACCAAUACUGACAAAUCAUAAUUGUACAAGCUAUCGGUAUCGCUUCAACAAGGCUGAACAUAAUUUUGGCACUUUGGAUAAUGUUACAUUGACUACUUUCUAUGUUUAUGUGUAUGAUUUUCGGCCACCAUUAUGGAUUCAGAUCUCCUUCUCACAGUAUCCAAAGCUGAAUUUGCAACAGUUCUUCAUCACAUUUUCAACGUGUUUUUUACUCUUACUUCUUGUAGCUGCUAUUCUCUGGAAGAUCAAGCAGAAGUAUGAUAUGUACAGAAGAAGACAGAGAUUGUUUGUGGAGAUGGAACAAAUGGCAAGCCGUCCUUUCUCCCAAGUAUUAGUUGAGAUAGAACAACGGGAGAAGUUGGAAGAUUCCUCAGAGUCAAUAUCCACACUUAGGAAAAAGAAAAAGGAUUCACCAAGUCCCAUAGCUCUUGAGCCUUGUUGUGGAAACAGAGCAGCAGUUUUGUCCCUGCUGGUCAGGCUUCCAACAGGUGGCGAAAUGUAUACGCCUCCAGGGCAGUCAGCUGGAUUAGCAGUUGCAUCAGCCCUGGUAACUCUUGGAAACCCAAGGAAAGUGAGCAUAGAUCCCACAGGAAAAACUGAAGCAAAGGCAAAAUCUCGAAAAUCUCUUUCAAGUCAGCAUCCUGACAGCUGUAUAUAGCGUCAUAUCUUCAGCAGUCCCAAGUUGGCUAUUUCGUGAAGUUCUCAUUCAGCACUAACGUGUGCAGAUUGAGCAAGCUGUGAUAGUGUAGCAUGCCACAAGAUUCUUGCUGUGUCAUUAGUUUAGCUGAUCGUGUGAAUCAACAAACUGGUGUCUAAUCCAAAGGAUUUCUUCUGUUUUCUACAAGACAGUGUGCUAGGUAUUAAGUUUUUUAAGAAAAAAAGGAAUCUAGUCAAAAGACUAAUGUUAAGUGUUCACUUACCAUCCUAUGUGCUGGUGCAUCCCCUUUUUUGCAAUCCUCUCUCCCGGUGUUAUCUAAAGGACUGAUUAGUAUCUUAACUUAUUAUUAUUCUUAUAAUUAUUUGCAUUUCCUGCAAAGCAUAAGACUUCCAUUCUCUUAAGAGAAAGUGAUAUCUUUUUAUAUAAUCUAAAUGUGAAAUUAAAAUAGGGAUAUCGAACUUGAGUAAAGGUAGAUGAAAGAACAAAUUUCAGUAAGUCAAAAGACAAUUAUAAAUGUUGUCAACUGAAUACCUAUAGCUGCAGAGAUCAUUUCAGUAAUUAAUUAUGGAGAGGGAAGGUAAUUAUCCCUGGACAAGCUGGUCAGUAAUAAGAACUAAGUAUGGGCAUGAGACAUAGUGCAUAGUUUUGGUAAAUGUGAUGACUGUCAGCGACAUUAAUACGGCACUCUAAAAAAUUAACUGAACUCUUCAGUACAUCAUUCUAGAAACGACAAGAUUUGAGAGUGUGUUAAAGAGUACAACAAAAUUCCCACUCAGAGGGGAAGGUAGUGUAUAAUCAAAAAGAAAUAGAUCUAGAGAGAACAAUUUAAAAAGAAAUUAUGAAUAUUUUGUAUGUUAUACUGUGAGAAUGUGAUCUAUGAACAGUUAAAACAGGACAAAGACCACAGGAAGGAUGUUGGGACAGUUCUGAAUUUGUAGCUAGUCAUUUGUUGAAUAGAAACUGCCCAUAAGUAAUUUGAAAGAAUAUCGAAGUUGUGGACAUGGAAUGCCAAACAAUCCUUGCACAUAUUAGGUGGUAGUAUACUUUAGAUGAUACAGUUCUUGGUGAACAGGAUGCUGAAACAGAAAUAUCACAUCUUUCAAAAAUCUUCUCAGACUUUUUGUAAAAUUUAACAUCAGUAACUGGGCAGGUGAAGGCUGUUAUAUAACCUACUAUUAAAAAUGACAAAUCUCCUGUAAAACUUUCAUUAGCCAUAAUGAAAUUUGCAUUUCAGUAAGUGGUCACUUACAAUAAGCGUACACAUUUAUAAUCUUACGAAGUUAAGACUCACUUUGUGAUUGAUUCUGUUAUUAUUGAAAAUUUGCCUCAAAAUAAGCAGUCCAAGCUUGUAAAUUUUUGUUACUGUUUUUACUCAUGAUGAAAACCCUUUCAGUUAUGAUUCUGUGCUCUGACAUAAUAACAUACUUAUUUCCAGUAUAUAGACCCCAGUGAUGAAAUUAUCAUUUAGGGUAUACAUUAACACUAACAAGAUGCACACAAGAGAGGGUAGCUGCCCACAGUCUUUGUCCUUACACUCCAUUCACUUCUGCAGUCCAGAUUACAACAACAUUCAGUUAUAAAUUUAACAUUGACUGUCACAGUUUACCUGUUUGAGGAUUACACAGAAUGCAGUUUCCACUGCUGGUCCUUCUUUUAUAUUAAAUUGUUCCCCUAUUUAUAUUAUAGUGACAUAGCAUCACUGGUUUGAUUGUGUCAUGAUUGUUAUAAAAGCAUAUUCCAUUGUCACAUUCAUCCACUAUAGAGUUUAACUGGAUGUUGUAGUAAUGUGUACCAUUUGAGAUAACAGGUGUCGUAGUGUAUAGCCCCCAGUGGUAUUCUUGUACAGUCUUCAGUUCCCUUGAACACCUGCCAGAUUUAAAAUUUUACAAAUAGUGUGUGACCACAGUUUUCUCUAUAGUAAGUCUUGCAACUGUUGUAAAGUUCUUAUGUCUCUUUUAAAACUGAUGCGUGCAUUGUGGAACCAAGCAGGGUAAUGCUCUAAUGAAGCAGUUUCAUGUGUGAGAGAUACACAAUUUGAUCUGAGAUGAGUGCAGGAACAUAGACCAGACCUUUGCCCACAGCCCCCAAUAGCUGAUAAAAUUAAAAUGACUGAAACCAAUAGAACUGGGAUAAUAUGCAAUGUAAUAUCAUACACAUACUAUCCUAUUAUGCCACAUUAGCCAGAAAGUUUUGAGACCACGGAAUAACUAAAUGAAGCUUUUGUCAGUAAUAAAUAGUAGCAUUCAAUGUACCAGUAGCAGUAAAUGAGGUAAAUGUACCACAUACCUUUUGUUGUGUCAGUCAUCAGCGCAAAUCUUCAACAAGUGAACAGGGUCUACGAGUAAAUUCUUUAGGAUUAUGUCCUUUACAGAAGGUAGAGACUUGAGAUGCUGGUUGAAGUAGAGCCUGCAGUUAAAGGGGCAGUUUCUGUAUAGAAGUUGAAAUAUUGGUGAUUGUUAUGGCAGUUGUAAUGAUAUGUUCUAACAAAAAGUUAGUCAAUUAACAUUGCAUGUGAGUGCUGAUGUAUAGUGGCUCUACAUAUCAAGAGUCUUUUGGAGAACAUACCACUGUGACCAGAGCAUGUACACUCAGGCAUUGUUUCUCUAAAAAAUUAUCCAGAUUAUUAUCCUCCACGACAUUUUGUCCCCAUGAAAAACCUUGUGCUUACUUUCUCUGUCUUAUGUAAUGACGUGUCUCACUAUCAGAGCAAUGGUAUAAUUGGAUAUAUGUAUGCAUUAUAUAUGCAUAUACUACAUAGCCACUUACUACUUCUCAUUGCCUCUCCAUGAUGGUAAAUAUAUGUAUAAUGGUGUUAAGAAAGCUUGCACCACGAACAGCAGAUAGUUGUGUGCUCCUUAGAAGUUUCCAAAAACGAAUGAAAUUCGAUAUUUGUUCUCCCAUCACAUACAUGCUCUCCAGUGCCAGAACUAUCAAUAUUUGAUGCUCUAUGUAAGUGCUGGGGCUCACUUUCAACUACUAAUGUCUUACAUAUCUUCUGAAGAUAUUUAACAAUAUUGUGAAAAGGAUAGUUGCUACUCACCAUAUAGCAGAGAUGCUGAUUCGCAGAUAGGCACAACAAAAAGACUCUCACAAAAUGAGUUUUUGGCCAACAAGGCCUUCCUCAGAGAUAGAAAACACACACACACACACACACACACACACACACACACACACACACACACAAUGCAAACGCAACUCACACACAUAUGGCCACAGUCUCUGACUGCUGAAGCCACAGCAGCUAAAGACUGUGGUCGCGUGUGUGUGUGUGUGUGUGUGUGUGUGUGUGUGUGUGUGUGUGUGUGUUUUCUGUCUCUGACAAAGUCCUUGUUGGCCGUAGCUCAUUUUCUGACAGUCUGUUUGUUGUGCCUAUCUGCGAAUCAGCAUUUCCACUGUAUGGUGAAUAGCAACUAUCCUUUUCGUAAUACUGUUAUAUUCCAACCUGGAUUUUCCAUUUCUGAAGUUAUUUCUUUCAUAUGUGAUUCAGCAGACCUUAAAGGGAAAUUAAGUUUGUUAUCCUUAUCUCUGACAGAUUUAUUUAAUUUCACCCUGUCCUCUUUCUCCUUUUACUGCUUUACCCCCAAAAUUUGUCUUUGACUGUGAUAAACUAAUUUUUAUUAUUUUACUUUUCUUUUUGUCUGUGUACGUAUUUUUCUGUCUGUUGGUUUUAUGCUUUCAUUGUUUGUAACUGAAUUUUUGUUUUGCAGGGUCUUCUUUUUCUUUUCCAUUUUAGUUUUUCUCUUUUGACUUUUUCCCUUGUCCUUGUUGUAGUGUUUGUCAGCAACAUAUUAUUGUAAAUGGUUAACUCUUAUUGGCUCCUAUGGUAGAUAAGUGUGGUUUCUGGGAUUUGUUCUUCAGAUGUUUCUGUUGUGUACUUAAUGUCUUGUAUUGAUGAAAUGCCCCAUUUUUGUUGCCUUCCCUUUUUUUUUAUCUUUUCCCUGUCUUUGUUGUUUGUUUAUUUCCAUGAUGGGAACUUUCCUUUAUACAACCUUUAGUAUUUACUUUGUAUAUUGUGACUACACAGCAUUAUCUAUUGUAGUUAUGUACACAUUUGUAACUACCUUUAUUCAGUUUGAUACCUUUUCGUAUUGUUGUCACAAACUUUACAAUAUUUUUCAAAGUGGAGAGAGAUGAUAACAAAAUACUCAGUUUCAGAAAAUGAACUAAAGGAUCUGAAGUAACCAUUGAUGUAAUUAUUUAUCCUAUGAACUGUUUUUACUCUUGUAAAAAAAAUGAAAGUUUAUUAUUUGUACAGUCUUUUUUAAUAUAUUUUUUGUAAUUUUCAAGUACACAUUUUUAUUUUUAUUUAAUGAUUUAUUUAUUUAUGAGCAUAUCAAAUGUUAUGGAAAUGGUCUUAAUGUGUUAUAUCAUAUACAUAUUCAUUAUUUGUUCUGUUUAAUAUUGUUGUCCUGUACAGUGCAUUUAAUAAGUCCAGUAUAAGGACUCAUUAUAUUGUUGUGAAAGCAGAAUUCUUUUCCUGGUACAUGCCUAUCACUAUUUUUUAGUUAAUAUUCAUAAUUUGACUAAUUUUUAUGUAUGUGGUAUUUUUUACUGUUUUUAAUGCCUCAGACUCUGCAUUUGUUGGCAGUAUUCUGAUAACUUGUUUCAAAGGAACAACAGUUUGUUUAUGUUGGCACAAACAUUCCUUUGUACUCACAGUACAUCCUUCCUAUGCAAUAAUUUUUUUUUUUAGAAAUGAAGCCUUGUGUGUAAAUAAUGUUGUUUUAUAAAAUCAGCCAAUAUUAUUUGGUGUUGAUAUUUGCAUGUAAGCAUUUCACAUCCAAGGGACAUCAGACUAAAAUUAAUUUUAGUUGUCAUUGUCUUAAAUUCAGAGUAUUGCAUUUUAGUCUUCUUUCUUCUUCCUUCUGGUUAGAAAUGUACCACUUUAAUUGCACUUUCAUGUGCUUGAACAGUAUUUGUUUAGUUCUAACAAAACUACAAAAAUGUAAAGUGCAUGUUGCCAAUCUGCAGGAAAUGUAAUGAUCGAAAUUGUUUUUUUAUGAUAAGUCUUUUGUAUGUCACAAACACAGUUCUCAGAUUUUAUGUAGUGGUAGCCACAACAAUCAUAGGCUGUGAAAAUUAUCAUUACUGACCAUACAAACCAGAUAUUUUUGAAGGCCCUGUGAAGUUGAAAUGGAAAGGCUUGGUGUAAUUACAGCCUGUAGCUGUCAUUCUGUUUGUGAAUCAUUUGCAGAAGGCAUCGUAGAAAUAGAACUGCCAGUGAACAGUGUGUAUAUCACUAAAUCCCAUUUUUAAUCUGUCAUGAAUAAUCAAAUCAGUGUUUAUUGCCCAUGAAGUAGUAAACUUGAUUCUAAAAUUUUUGGAAUACACAUCAGUGUAGUAGAACAAUCAGGUAAUGUUUUCUUAAGGAAAGUGCAGACUGUAUGCAGACCAUAAAUUUACUUUUAGUUCUGUCACUGUUGUUAAGAGUUUAGCAGUUCGCUGGUAAUUUGUACUGAUAGAGAGGUAAUUUUUGCUAUAUUGAUUGUACAUAUCUGUUCAGUUUACUGACAAUUGAAAGCUUAAAAGAACAUUAUUCAAUAAAUAUUGCUCUUUGUUCACACAUUCCACCACAGUAGGCUUGUCAUAACAUCAUUAUGUCAUUAUGUCGAUACACUUGUGCACUCAGUCAUGUCUGCGAAAAACACACACACACACACACACACACACACACACACACACACACACACACACACUUUGAAAUUUAUUUGGUUUAGAAAAGAUUUCUAAUUUGGAUAAUGAAAAACCUGUGGUUAAAAAUUGUGUGUGAUUUAACUGGCAGACCAACAGUCAUUUUAAAGUAGUUGGACUGGUUUGUGGAUAGACACAAGUAAAUAUGACUUCUUCUAAACUAUUUAACUCUUUAUUCAUCUGCAUGUCCCUUAUAUGCAUCUGUCCACCAAUCUGAGCUUCUCCUUGUUACUGUGUGAUAGUCUGUCCAGCCAGCCAUUAUUGAUUUAUGUUUGGGUAAGAGCCUUUGUGUCAGUCUAUGCUCAACAGGCAAAGCUGCACCACAUUUAUUAUUAAAGAAGUGAUACAGUAGUCAGGCAUAUUUUCCAAACAAAAACAUUUACACUAAUAAAUCAUUCUACUGACUAGGAAACAAUUAUUAUCUACAUAUUUUUGGCGUGCACUUAGAAAAGUAUGGAAGUCUAAAAUGUGGGUGGUUGUGAAGGAAAGCUAUAUGCAUAGAUUCAUUGAUAAGACUUUCUAAUGUGGUUAGAGACUGGAUAAACAAUUGCCUUGAUGUGUUCAAAUGAGUUGUUGAUUCCAUAUUUGCACAAUAUUUCAAUGACCAAACCACUCCCUUUCUUCAGGAACAGCAAGCUGUGCAAUUAGUGUACUCACUGCAUGCUCUUCAGGCAGAUUGUGAAGUAUUGUUGGUGCCAUACUGCCACUUACACCAGAGUUUGUCUCCCAGUACUGGGUACACCCUUUGAUAUUCAUUUACUUUUCUGAACCCACAUAGUUAUUCCAUGAAAUACAAAUUUCCUCAGUAUUUCCCAGCCCUGACAGAUAAGAAGGCCAGUGAGAUCUUACUAAAUAGAGUGUCAUAUCCCAACCUUUAUGUAAAUUGGAACCUCCAUCCCAUUUUAUUAGAUUUAAUUAAUCUUUAUUUUAAUACAUUCCUUAGGCAUCUGCCCCAGAUACUCUGCACUUUCACCAUAAUACUGGGUACAUAGUAUUUCAUUUCAUGAUUAUAUUCAAGACAGUGCCAAAGCUGCAUUUUCCUGGUUGUUUUAGUACAGUGAGUCAGUGAUGUUCCUUGCACAUCUCCUCAACUGUUUAAUAGUGUGAUCCAUAUAUAACCUGCCAUUUUAUACACACAUUUCAGAGUCCUAAAACAUCUUAAACGUCACAAAUAUGACUUUUCAUCUUUAUUGGUGUGAGUGUAAUACAUUCAAUUUCAUUUUUCUGUAGGAAUCAACCAGUCUUUCCUGAGACUGGAUCAGCAUAAGAUGAUUCUUAUCUUUUCUUUUUCUGUCCAACCUCAGUCUCAGACAGUGUUGAUUUUGACUGCAACACCCACUCCAUUUGUCAAUCUGUGUACCCAUAUAUAUGGAAAAUUGUUAGAAGGUGUUGUGGUUCUUUGGUGCAGCUCUCUUUGUCUGGCUGUGAUCGAACUAUAUAGACUAGAAUCUCUAGGACAGAAUUUCUUUAUGGCAGAUGAAAAUAACUGGACAUUAAACAGCUUAUUAUCAGUUGAUCAUAUAGAGAGAACUUAAGUGAUGAUCUCUUUACUUGUUUAUUCUAUUGUAUUUUGGAGGAUUGUGAUUUUGUAGACUGUACUUUCUGAUAAUUUUCAUCAUUAUUCAUUAUAUUACCUUCUGUAAUUAACAUUUGAAUCAGCUGUCAUGUUACAGUCCUUGUGUCAUGAUACAAAUUUUAAAAGCUUCAGUGGUGGCUGUUAUGUAUUUUUUGAAAAUGUUGACUAUAUUGUGGCUAUGUUGUCUUCUCACUCUUCAUUUGUUCUCGGGUAUGGAAGAGACAACUAUAAAAAUUGUCAACGAAAUGCAUAUUUGCUUUCAUUACACUAAAAAAAAUAAGAGAGUAGUGGUGGUGAAAAACUACUUGGAGAUCUGAUUAUCAGAGUAAAUGGAUUUGAGCUUCCCCCACUUUUUCCAGGCAGGCCAGAAAUUUGACAUAAUGAAAAUGUCAGUUAUAAUUUUGAAAGAAAGAAAUUAAGUCACAUUUUUCAUGGACAAAUUACAAGAAAUUGGUCUGAAAAUAGUGAAUGUAACUAUGUUGCUGCAGAUCACUGAUUAUCUUAAAGGAAUACCCCUAAUGAAAUUUCUGUCUUCAAGGGGAUCAAGAAAGUUAUAAGAUGGAUAUUUUUUAAAGGAAAAGAAAAAUUUUGUACUUCUGGAGCAGAAAGAAAUUAAUGAAGAGAUGCAAGACAGUUAUUAAACCUGAGGUGGCCGGUGGUGUUUUAAUAUUCUGAUUGCUUGUAGCAAUGUUGUUGGAAUGUGUGAAGAAAGCGAACAUUUUCAAUUACCUUAUUAAUUUUGAUAACUAUUUUUUGUUUUCUAUUUAUUAUUGUACCUUAGUUGCAAUCCUAUCUUGCUACCAACCCCAAUCCUCUUGCUCCAACAAGCCCCCCCCCCCCCCCACACACACACACACCAAUGGCUCUUUUCCUCCCUUUUAUUUUUAUUUCAUUGUUAUCUGCAAAUUAACUACCAACUUUAUUUUUUGUCAUCAGUUGUAAUUGCCUGUCUGUUUUUCUCAUCAGUGCAAUUACUUUUCUGGUGGUUAGCAGUACCCUUUUCUUUGGCUCUUCACCCAGCAGUAUAUGUGAGUUCACAUAUCAGUUGAUGUUUGUCUUGUCUUCAAAGAGCUGUUAUUAUGGGUAUUGAUAAUGCCACUUUACAAAGCAGUUUGUGGGUGGUUAUCAAGUGAAAUAAUUGAAGAGAGAGAAAAUGGAAACUAAACAACAAUGAAAUCCCAUUUUGUGUCUUAGUAGAUAUUUCAGUUUACAGAGAGUUUAACAUUUAAGCCUUGUUGAUAGUAUCCACAGUAUGGCAGACAAAUAAAUGCAAAGUUAUUUGUAAGUGCCAUUAGACUAGUUGCUUGUGUUGUUCAUUGCAAAUUCUGAUAGAAAAUGCCAGUUGUACCCCACUGAAGGAUUAAAAGGUGUAUGGUGAUGUAGAACAUACAGCACUUAUAUAAAAGACCUCGUGCUCCACAGGAAAUCAGAGAUAGUGUUGAAUUUCACUGUUGUAGAUAUAUGUGCAGGUGUAGCAGAAUAUUAAUCAUUGCAACUGCAAAAUUCUUCCUCCUCCAUCAUCUUCAAUUAAUUCUUGACUUCUGUAAACAUGUCAUCUCCAGAUAGUAUAUCAGGUAUUUGACAAAUUUUGAUAGUGAGAUGACUUCUUCGGAAGUACUCUUUAUUUCCUCUUGAGUGGUUAUUAUGUGUAACAUAAAAGAGUGUACUAAGUAAGUUAAUUUACUAUAUAACAGUAAAUGUUUUCUAUCCACUCUGGUGCAUUACUCUGUUCUAAAUGCUCAAUAAGUCCUUUGAAGCCAUUGAAUUCACAUACACACUUACAAAUCUUUGAUGAUGAUGUCUUGUUUUCAGUUUUUUGUCAAAUAUCAUGAGAUGCCACAUAGGUCACAGAUUUCACUAAGCAAUUUACUUUAAAGUAAUGCUGAAUUAUUUGAAAGAAGUAAGGAAAAGCAAAUCAGAUACUCUAGCACACAACAUGUUCACCAAUAAUCAAAUAUUUGUUUGCUAAGUUUGCUUUCCUUUUCUUGAAUUUUGUGCUGUACAAGCUCAUUUCCUCAUCCUUCUGUACAUAUAAAUGUAAUAUUUGAACUUUUAUUGCAACACACCCUGGCUGCGCUCAAAUAAGACUUGAAAUACGUUUAUUGCUUCAGCUUAGUUUUGGAUCCUUUUCUUUCUCCUAGCAAUUUAUUUAGACAAUCAGUUGCCAUUCUUUUCACUGCCACUUUACAUGAAAAUUGAUUUCAUCAUGAAUAGCAUUAGGCAAAUUUUGAAUUGGUGAUGAUGUAUGACAGAUGGAUGCUUGACUCAUAACUAGAGAUAAUUGUAUAGUGUUAAUCCAGUAGUUCUUAAACAUGUUUUAACUAAAGUUAGUGCCAAACAUCAUGUGUGACUCAAUAACUUUUAAUUCAGUAUUGUUUAUCUUAGACAAACAACUCAAUCCCUUUAUUUUUAAAAUUCUGCUAGGCAGUAAAAAAAUUGUUUCUUAUUAUUUAAAAUGUUGGGUGUUACAGUCUCAUAUGAAACUUACAAUUGCAGCCUUAGUUCUGAUAGGCUCUUAAUUUUCUGUGCAGUAGAAAUAUCAUUACAGACUAGAGACAGAGACCACAGGUUGCCCUUCCUUGUGUCGGUAAUAACUUUUAUAUGAAAACACUAGGCAUUACAUUCCUGACUCAAUGAGUAGUCUACAUUACAUUUAUUUAUUUUUAACUUAUUUAAAUUCGUUAGAUUAAUAUGUAGGCCUAAAAUAAUUGCACUGAUUUGCUGAGAAUACAAAAACUGAUGGGUUAACCAUUGAAAAAAUGCAAUAAUCAAACAUUGUGAGGAACGAUCUGUUUUUCAUAUAUAGACAAGAAAAAGAAGACCAAAAUUGAGUGAUAAUGUCAAUAUCUUUGUGAAGAACAUUGCUUCCUGAAAGAGAUUACUGUCUUCAAGGUUUCCUUGAUAUUGCUUUGUAUAUAUGUUUAUCCAGGGAACUUUAUUGUGUGAUGAGUGAAGUAAUUGGUGCUAUGAGAAAUACUGAUAUGUGUUAAUGGUGUUCGUGAUAAAGACUGUUAUGGAAGGGGUGUCAUAUGUAUAUGUGUGUGUGAAUGAGUGGCUGCAUGUAUCUUCAGAUACAUAUAGCACAUAAUAAUAUCCAUAUAUUGGUUGAAUAAAAAUUUUGGAUAGACCUAUUACCUCUGAUUAAUUUGUAGAUUUGUUAAAACAUCUGAUUCCAAUGUUAAAUAAAUGAAGCACCCUUUCAAAAUGACAAUUGUGAUUAGUUAUCAAUUAUGUGUGAAAUUAAGAUUUAGUACUAAAUUAUACUGGGACUGUAUCAGUUCAAUGGUUCAUAUCUUUAUCAUCCAACUAAAUUAUUGUACCAGAGCUGCUUUAUAUCGUUUAAUGUAAGUUAUAAUUCUUCCAAAUUAGUUGACAAUAUUUCAAGUUGUGGUUCUACAAAAAAUUUAGAUUGUAAUCAGUUGUACCUGAGACAUAAGAGUGCUUGAGAUAUUUUCACUUAUUUAUGAGAAUCUAGGAAAUAAGGAAGUUUUUGAUUGUGCAAGAAUUCUGCAGCCUGAUUUCAUAUCUUUUAUGGGAGUAAGUAAAUGAUUCAUAUGCUCAAAGA